CCGCUUCUCCACAUCUCCUGUUCGAAAUUAUUCUGCAUCUUUUUUCUUCCAUCGCGGCCCUCCAGGAUGGUAUCACAUUACCCCGAUCACGAAGCAUUAGAUGAUCGACAAAGACAUACAGUUAUUGAGUUGGCCUCCUGUAACUGCGGGUCCGGAAGCAAUUAUCACAUUUCCCGACUUUCCAUUUGAGACUGUAAAGGGGUAGUAGUCAUUCAGCUUAUAAGCCUGGACGUUCACUUUCUGUUUCCCCACCACGUCCUUUGCUUGGGACAGUCACUCCUUUACCCAAUUUUUUUUCUCUCAUGGCGAUCGAUGUUGGCUUCAAGACCGAGCAUCCAUUCCAACAACUGGAAGUCACCAGAGGUGACAUCAUCCUCGGUUCCAUCACCUUUGGCUUCUUCUUUGGCUUUGCUGUCAACGUGACAUGGAGCGCAAUACGGGAGACGAGGCGGGCUAGAAGGUUUUCCGCGUAUAUCUUCAUGAUCUGGCUGGAAAUUGCCGCUGUAAUUCAGGUCACUUCAUGGGGCUACCUCUCGGGGCACUUUCCCCCUGGCAUUGGCGUCUUCCUAAUGGUCAUCAUUUGCUGGAUAUGCCAAGUCCAAUGCCUCAUGUUGAUUAUUGUCAAUCGGCUCUGUAUCUUGUACUCCGAGCCAAGGCAAAGACUGUUUCUCAAAGCAUCGGUUGCAGGACUCGUCGGCUGCGUCUCCAUUGCUACGGGCUGCAUAUGUGAGCAUGUCCAUUUUCCUAUGCGCCUACGACCCAUUCUUAGUUACGAUCGUGCUGAUGGAUACAUACAGCUCAACCAUUGGUGGGAUCUUCUGGAUUUAUCUCUCAACAUCCUAUUCAUCCGGAUGGUAAAAACACGAUUGGUCCAACAUGGCCUGAAAAAGUAUGAUAAAGUCAUGCGAUUUAAUGAAUACAUCAUCGUCGUUUCCAUUGGUAUGGAUAUCCUCCUUUUAGGAGUAACAUUCCUUAGAAACAAUUUCCAUCCCGUGGUGUAUAUCGUAAAGCUCCAGAUUGAGAUGACCAUGUCUCGUCUCUUGAUCAAGGUCGCUCGGUCGACCGGUAUCAACGUGUAUAACGAAGAAAAGGGUGGCAUUACAUCCGACAGCCUCAGCGGAAACAAAACGACGAAUCAUGGAGUGGCCGUUCAAAUUCAAACUCAAGUAUUCACUCAUGCUGAAGGGCCGGAUGAGUAUGAACUUGAUAGACGGGACCACAAGAGCCAGGCACUGCAAGAAGCCGAGUCCGUCAACUCCAGCGGCGAAAUCAUCAAAGUCUCACCAGUUUAGAUGCCUUAGAAUUAUAUAAUUUAAUACCCCAGAUAUACUUUCUUGCGGGGGUAUAUGUAAUUUACGCCCUUUCCACUGCAGUACACGCACUUUUCAGGAUGCAUUUGCGUUGAAUCCCUUUACCCGUGCCCGUGAAGAUAAAGCUGGAUUGGUCUUGAUAUAAUUACCCAAUCAGCACCAAAAAAUUAUACCUUUGAAGCAACCCACAUUACCGUAGCCACUGCU